AUGCGUUUCUCACCCCUCGCUAUCUUGGCUCUCGCCUCCGCCGCCGUCGCGGCCGAUAUCAAGACCUGGGACGAUGUCGUUGGUGACGUUCCCCAGUGCGUCAAGACCUGUCUCGGCGAUUACUACGACAACAUCGGUCUCAAGGACCAGUGCGGAAGCUCCGAUAAAGCCACUGUUGACUGUCUCUGUGGAACUUCUGCCUCCGUUUCGGAUGUCCGGGAGGACGCCUCCGAACUGAGCAAGUGUAUGCAGAAUGGCUGCGAGACCAAUGAACUUUCGGAUGGUCUUUCAAAGCUCCAGGAUUUCCAGGAACGUCUCCAGAGUCUCUACAGCCAGUGCACCGGCAAGGAAUCUUCCUCCUCUUCCUCUUCCUCUUCUUCUUCCUCCUCCUCCGACGACUCCAAGGAGACCGACUCCAAGGAUACCGAAUCCAAGGACACCGAGUCCAAGGAUGCCGACUCCAAGGACGCCGAGGCCAACGGCGCCAGCUCUCUGAUCCCAGGACGCAACGCAAUGCUCGCCUCUGGAGCUCUGCUUCUCGCUGCCAUGGCCCUUUGA